ACACACGCGCACACUGAUGCCACGUCAAAUGUGACGUAGCAGGAGGUGUAUUCCGGGAGGGAGGCGUAUAGUGACCAGUGCAAGCGAGUAGUCAUCGAUUGGCAUUAAUGAUCUUACACCGGAGAGGAGUCUUUGUGAGAGUUAAUUAAAAGCACAGGUGAUCAUGGACCCAAACAUCAGCGCACUCAGGCAGAAGCUGGCUGACGCCGGCCAGUCUCACCUCCUGCAGUUCUGGAACGAGCUGAGCCCUGAAGAACAGGCCGAGUUGACCCAAGAACUGGAGGGUAUGGACUUUCAGGAGAUCAACGGAUUCUUCAAGAAUGCCAUGCAGACAUCCAACAGCAGCAAACAAGGGAAGAUGGACUGCCGCAUGGAGCCGGUGCCCAGGGAGGUGCUGGGAAGUGUGACGAGAGACAGGGAGAGCGUCAAAGACUGGGAGUUGACAGGUCUUCAGUGCAUCUCUAAGAAUAAAGUGGCAGUCUUACUGCUGGCAGGAGGCCAGGGAACCAGGCUGGGGGUCUCGUACCCCAAAGGCAUGUACGACGUUGGGCUGCCGUCCCACAAAACCCUCUUUCAGAUCCAGGCUGAGCGCAUCUUGAAGCUGCAACAGCUGGCUGAGCAGACGCACAAAACCAAGUGCUGUAUCCCCUGGUACAUCAUGACGAGUGGCAGGACAAUGGAAUCCACAAAGGAUUUUUUCUCCAAACAUAACUACUUUGGCUUGGACAAGAACAGCGUCGUCUUCUUUCAGCAGGGCAUGCUGCCGGCCAUGGACUACAACAGCAAGAUCAUCCUGGAGAGCAAAGGAAAGCUCUCCAUGGCUCCCGACGGUAAUGGGGGUCUUUACAGAGCUCUCGGGAACCAGGGUAUCCUGGAUGACAUGGAGAGGAGGGGGAUUGAGUCCAUCCAUGUUUAUUGUGUUGAUAACAUUUUGGUCAAAGUGGCUGACCCUGCCUUUGUUGGUUUCUGUGUGCAGAAGGGAGCGGACUGUGGAGCUAAGGUGGUGGAGAAAACAAACCCGACAGAAGCAGUAGGCGUUGUCUGCAAGGUGGAUGGUCGUUACCAGGUGGUGGAGUACAGCGAGAUCACCCUGGCAACUGCUGAGAAGCGGGACGCCGAUGGUCGACUGAUGUUCAACGCAGGAAACGUGGCCAAUCAUUUCUUCAGUUUCUCCUUCCUCAGAGACAUAGUGCAGAAAUACGAGCCCCAGCUGCAGCACCACGUGGCCCAGAAGAAGAUCCCAUAUGUGGAUGCUCAGGGUCAACUAAUCAAACCAGAGAAACCAAACGGCAUCAAAAUGGAAAAGUUUGUCUUUGACAUCUUCCAGUUUGCCAAGAAAUUUGUUGUGUAUGAGGUGCUCCGAGAGGACGAGUUCUCCCCGCUGAAGAACGCAGACACUCAGGACGGAAAGGACACACCCACCACAGCCCGACACGCCCUCAUGUCCCUCCACCACCGCUGGGUGCUCAACGCUGGGGGACACUUCAUUGACGAGAACGGCAGACGUGUACCCGCCAUACCCAGAGACGGAGCAGCAGGCAGUGUCACAGAUGAUGGCAAGAGAAACCUGAAGGAUGGAACGGACCUGCCGAUCAAAUGCGAGAUCUCCCCACUGGUGUCGUACGGGGGAGAGGGUCUUGAGGAGCUGGUGAAGGGAAAAGAGUUUCAACCAACUCUGACGAUCGAUAAGGAAGGAGUCCACCAGCUGGUGAAGAAUGGGGUGUAAUGACUGAACGGGAGAAUGCGAGGAAGGAAACGGCCCAACUUCCCUUUAUCUCUCAUUGUAUGGGAAGAGAAACUGUGAUGUCAUCGCUGUGCAAUAACAAAUAUCACACACAUGUGUUCAAGAAAGAAGCUGUCCUGUCCAAAAUGAAUGAAUGAACAACAUGAAGUUUACUUUUUAGCACCAGGCUUUCCUUUUGCUUUGUAACUUUUUUUCUUCUUCUUUUUUUUCCUUGAACAACACUUGAACACAGCAAGAUAUGGAGUACGAAAAUCCUGUCAUACUGACAGGUCGAAGCAGGUGCAUCUAUUUAUUUUGCUUAUGAGACUUAUUUUUAUAUGUACUGAUAGAUUCUCUAUAGGUGGAAAUGGCCAUCUACUUGUUUUACCUGGUGAUUUUUUAUGCAACAGCUGAUUCAGAUGAAAUGAUCACACAGAUGUUUCCUACAAUCAAAUACGGUACAUGGUCUGGGCUGUGGGGGGUAUUUAUAAUAAUUGCUUCUUCUCUGCUUGUAAUCAGUGAAGACUGGAUGUUAUUCAGCUUUAAGAGACGCUAUGGCUCAUCUUUAUUAAAUACAUUUUCCUACUUGGAAA